GCACGAUGAGAAUUUGAGAUUGUGGAUAUCACAUUGACUCAGAUAUUUAGCGGAGAAUGACUGUCAGUUAGUUUUCUGCUCUCCCAGGUUACUUGCUGAAGGGUGACAUCUUCAAUGCACCAAAGGUGCUGGGCUCUAAAUAUCUACAGGUUCCACAACUGACAGAUCUCCUUGCCACUGCAGUAUAACCUUGGGGAACUUAAGGUACUCUUGGAUACCUAGAGGGCUGCAUUCCUUUCAAAAGGACAUGCUGUUACCAAACUCUGUCUAAGAGAGGAGAAGGAUAACAUUAAUAAGCUGAGAUAAGUGUUUCGAAAGUGAGCAUCAUGGCAACCAGAAGAACCUACGACUUUGAGAGCGCCAAAAAGGACCCUUAUUCUCCCAGAGCCAUUAAAGGGUACUUCAGUGAUGAAGAGGCAGAUGACUUGGACAGAACUUUGGAAGUGGCGAGUUUUGAGGAUGUUGACUUUGACUCUACAGAGGCUAGAUGGAAUGAUGAUGAUAGUGAUUCUGAUUACCUUUGCGAGUCAUUGUCCUACAGCCCCAAAGUACGCUCCACUGAUAGUCAUGAAAAGAAGACAGCACAUGGGGGUCAGCUAUCCAAAGGGGAAGCCAGUCCAAAGCCUCAUGCCAGGUACAAACCCAAUCCGCCAGGAAAGGAAACAGCUGUCUUGGAAAAAGGUACAAGCUUUCCCAAAAUUCAGAAUGUUCCCCAAACACCUUCCAGAGGUGAUGAAGCUGGAGAUGGGCACACACAAGGUCCUAGAGGGAGUCAAGCUCAAGGCCAUAAGGGGCUUGGAGAAGGCAUUUUCAACCAGGUAUUCGUUGAACUGAAUGAACUGAUGAUGGACAAAGAGAAACAAUAUUAUUGGCAAGAAGCUGGACGAUGGAUAAAGUAUGAAGAGGAUCUGAACAAGGAUACAGACAGCUGGGGUAAACCAAAUAUCCCUUCCCUCACCUUCAGGAGUCUCCUGGAACUCAGAAAGGGCAUCAGUAAAGGUGCCAUCCUACUUGACCUGAAGGAAAACACAUUUCCUGGCAUUAGUGUUCAUAUAGUCGAAGAGAUGUUAGCAAAAGAUCAGAUCAAAGCAGAAAAUAAAAUCAGUGUACUGAAUGUCUUGCUCCAGAAACACAGACACCACUUGGAUGAAGGGGAUACCACUCGGCUCUUUGUGCCUGACCAAGAUAUACAACUCCACCCCCUUAAAAAGGAACAUCGUCAGAAGACGAGUCACUCAGAAAUAAUGGAUAAAAUCCCAGAAAAUACAGAAGCCACUAUAGUUCUUGUUGGCUGUGUAGAGUCUCUGCGUUCUCCCACUAUGGGCUUUGUGCGACUAGAGACAGCUGUUCAGCUGGAAUCAAUCCUAGAAAUUUCCAUCCCUAUCCGAUUUAUUUAUGUGCUCCUGGGACCCAGCACUUCUAAGAUGAAUUACCACGAAGUUGGACGUUCAAUUUCAACUUUAAUGGCAGACAGGACAUUCCAAAAAGUGGCAUACAAAGCAAAGGACUGCAAUGAUUUGCUGAAUGGUAUCAGUGAGUUCCUGGACUGCAGUAUUGUCAUUCCACCAACAGAGAUUCAAGAUGAGGCGCUGCUAAGAUCUGUGAUACCCUUUCAGCAUGAAAUAUUGAUGAAGAGGCAGAAACAGCAGGAAGACAUAUUGGCAAAAGGAGAUGACACUUCCCAGCUAGCUGCAAGAGGGACAGCACCGGCUGACAUUGAUGAUCCCCUCAGAAGAACUAGGAAACCAUUUGGAGGUUUAAUCCGGGAUAUUAAACGUCGCUAUCCCAAAUACCUCAGUGACAUCAAGGAUGCCCUGAAUACUCAGUGUCUGGCUGCAAUUAUUUUCAUUUAUUUUGCAGCUUUGUCUCCUGCCAUCACCUUUGGCGGUCUCCUUGAGGAGAAGACAGAAGGUUACAUGGGUGUUUCUGAGCUGAUUAUUUCAACAGCAAUUCAAGGAGUUAUCUUCUGUCUAAUUGGUGCACAGCCCCUCCUUGUAUUGGGUUUCUCAGGUCCUCUCUUAGUGUUUGAAGAAGCUUAUUAUAAGUUUGUUCAAAGGCUUGAAAUGGAUUACCUAACUGGCCGGAUUUGGAUUGGACUCUGGUUGAUUAUCAUCGUCAUCCUUCUCGUUGCCUUUGAAGGUAGCUUCUUAGUUCGGUUCAUUUCCCGAUUCACACAAGAAAUUUUCUCCAUCUUAAUAUCCCUCAUUUUCAUCUAUGAAACCUUCAACAAACUGUUCAAGAUUUUUAAGGCACACCCCUUGCUUGGUACUUACAAUCAAACAGUGAAUGGCACAAUCACAAAUGAUCCGCAGCAACCACAGCCCAACACUGCUCUGCUGUCCCUUGUUCUCAUGUUCGGAACCUUUCUUAUUGCCUUUUCCUUAAGAAAAUUGAAAACGAGUCAAUUCUUUCCAGGAACUAUCCGUCGUGUGAUUGGCGACUUUGGUGUUCCCAUUGCCAUCCUUGUCAUGGUGCUGGUAGAUUUCUUAAUUAAAGACACCUACACGCAGAAACUCUUUGUUCCAGACGGUCUUCAGGUGACAAGCCCCAAAAAAAGAGACUGGUUCAUUGACCCUCUUAAAAACUUCCCCUAUUGGAUGAUGGCUGCCUCAGUUAUUCCAGCCAUCCUGGUUUUUAUCCUUGUCUUCAUGGAAUCUCAAAUCACAACACUUAUUGUCAGUAAGGCAGAGCGGAAGAUGGUGAAAGGCUCUGGAUUCCACGUGGACUUGCUGUUGAUUGCGGUAAUGGGUGGAAUUAGUGCCUUUUUUGGAGUGCCUUGGCUUAGUGCUACCACUGUGAGGACAGUCACCCAUUGCAAUGCCCUGACUGUGAUGAGCAAAUCUGUUGCACCAGGUGACAAGCCCCAGAUUCAAGAAGUAAAGGAGCAGAGAAUAACUGGACUAGUGGUUGCUAUUCUAGUAGGCUUGUCUAUUGUGAUUGGAAAUGUUUUGCGUAUGAUCCCACUUGCUGUCCUCUUUGGAAUCUUUUUGUACAUGGGAGUGACAUCUUUGAAUGGAAUUCAGCUGUUCGAUCGUUUACUCCUACUCCUGGUCCCACCUAAGUACCAUCCAGACUAUGUCUAUGUCCGCAAGGUUCGCACCAGGCGUAUGCAUUUGUUUACUAUCAUUCAGAUUCUAAUCAUUGCAAUCCUGUGGGCAAUCAACAAGUCUGAUGCAGCCUUGGCUUUCCCCUUCGUGCUCAUUCUUACUGUUCCCCUCAGAAUGUUUGGACUCAGCAGGAUCUUCUCAAAAGUAGAGAUGCAAAGUCUGGAUGGCGAUGAAGCAGAGCCUACCUUUGAGGAGAAGGAAGGAGUGGAUGUUUAUGAUGAGACAGCAAUGCCAAACUAAGCCUCAGGCCCAUACAGGAUGCAACUUUGCAAUGCAGCUCAAGAGACAGCAGAAACAUUCACCUUUGUCUGGCUUAUUAUUCUUUGUUAAUCAAUGAAAAUCUGCAUAAUAGCCAAAGGAGAGGAUGAGUGACUCUAGUCCAAUAUAAUAAUGAUGUAAUCAAUGCUUUAGUUUUUAGUUUUAGCUUUAGAGAUGUACAAUUGUCAAAAUACGAUACGACCCAGUAGUUGGGGCUAAAUGAAAACACAUUGUGGCUAUGGUAACCUGAUUUAGAAAUUUGAUCAAAAUUCCCCAUGUUUAAAAGAAGAAAGUAAGAGACUAAUUCACAAGAAAUAUGACUAUAUGCUCUUUGUCCAAAGAUACCAGAGUUUUCUCUAUUAAGACCAGGAUUCAAAUGGAAUGUUAAGUAAUCAUUGCUGGCUCCAUUUGAGUCAAUCUAAUAAUGCCUUUGCCCAUUUUGAUUUCAGUUCCAUUGCAAGUAAUGUUACUGAAGCUCCAGAUGGCAAUAUUAAAGAGCUAUCACUAUCACAUCAUGCUCAAACUAAUUAUAUUACAUUCCAAUGUGCAAUUGUAAAUCUUACAGAAUGUUAUUUUUUUACACUGAUUUUAUAGGCUAAGUUCAAAAUGCAGAAUUAUUCACCUUGUUGCAAGUUUUGAGUAACUGUGUUUCCAUAAAGAAAUCAAAUAUACCUUGUAAAAUAAUUUUAUUGUGUUCAUAAUUAUUUUACAAAUUUGACUUUAGAGAAAUCAGAUGAAAUUUAUCGUUUUGGGGUUGGUAGUGCCCAAGUGUAUGAUAGAAAACCCCUGAAGAGUUUUGUCAGCCUUGAUAUUUAUGGGGAGAGGUGGCGUGUGUGUGCGGGGUGGUGACAGGGGUGGAGGGUGAAGUGGUGUGGGACAUCCCAGAAGUGCCAGGAAUGCAGAGGUGCUGCCGCAUUUAAUGGCAAGACUUCAUUAGUUUUUUCCUUCAUUUCCCACUUGGUGGCCAGUCAGGUUGACAGUCGAGAAGCAAGUGAUAGAAGGCCGCUGCCAAGGACCAUUAAUGACAGAUCCUGGUAACUGGGAAUAUCACAGGUUGGUGUGGGAAGUGGUGGGUGGAGGGAAGAGAUGACCAUUAGGAGGGAGGGAGAUCAGGAAACAUUGUAGAUUGAUGGUUGUGGUAGUGGUUGGAGAGCAGGGAGGAGAAGAUAGCCAGACUGACAAUCAGGAGGGAGGGAGACCUGGAAACAACACAUAUUUGAAGGGGGGGGGGGGGGCGGUGCAGCGGUGGGAGUUUAUCACAGCAAAUUAGUUGCCUGAAGGGAAACACUCUGGCUUCACUUGGCCCACAAGCAGUGCUAUAAGUAGCACUCAGCUGCUGGAUCCAGCUGCUCCCACUGCUGGGAAACCUAGCUGACCCCAGAGUUAAGUUUAAAUUGCUGUCAAAAUAUCAGAAAUGGAGCCUUCUUUACAUAUUAUAAUGCUGGACACACCCCUUCAGAGUGGGUUGUUCGGAUGCCCCAAAACACACUGCCAUUAAAACAGAAGCAGGCAUGCUCACAGCAGGUUGGGGUCAGGUUUUGUAAAUUUUCGCACCCUCUCCUGUCCAUCCUGUGGAGGGGAGGGGAUGGUGUGGGGGAGGAUUAAAACCCAAAAUCCCCUUAGUCUUUCUGAGUAUCACGUGUUGUUCUGGAUAGUUUAGUAAGUGAUUUGUUCCUAGAUCCAUUUGAAGAAGGAACUUCUGUGCUUUAAAAUGCUUCGUGAACAGAAUAUAUAUAUAUAAUAUAUAUAUUAUAUGUAUAUAUAUUUAUAUAUAUAUGCUGAAUAAUGUUUUAAGUAAAUGGCUAGACUUAAAAGGAAAGCAGUUUAUUUUCUCUGUCAAAUAUUUUAUUCAAAUGAUAUGCUUUUAAAAAAUAUAGCUGCUUCAUUCAAGAUCCAGUUAAGCUGCCUGAUUCCUUUGUGUGUGUGUUUUUUUUUAAUUUUGUAGUAUACCUUACUGACACAUUUAAUUAUUGACCCAUUCAACAAAUUUGUUUUGAUGAUUCAUCCCAUAUUACUUCUCCACACAACAGUAUCAAAUAACAUCAUUUCAUUCUUCCCACUGUUAGACUAUAUGUAAGGUAGAAAUACCUCUUGUAUAUCUAAACUUCAUUUCUGAUUGGGUUAUGUUCAGGUUAAGCAUGAUGGCAUAUCAGAGGAAGGAAAGCACAUGCCAUAAUAAAAAGCCAAGUUUCCAUCACUCUUAAAACAGUUCAAUUUAGAAUUAUUCAUCAUUUAGUCAGGCACUGUUGAAAUGGUACUGUUAAAGUUUCCCCCAUCACACUGCAUAGUGAACAUUUGUGAAAAAUAUUGUGGUAGUGAGAGAUGAAGAGAUGGAGAUGAAGACAUCUUCCUGAAGAUAAAUUGAUAAUCCUAUGUUUACUUAAUGCUGUGCUUUAUUCAGUUUGCAUUGUCUUUUUAAAAAAAUAAAGAUUAUAUAUGUUUGAA